UUGUGUAAGUCACUAAAUUGCCCUACCUGGGCUUCCAUUUGUGGCUUUCCUUCCUCAGCCUCUUAGAGGGCUGGCAUUACAGACCUGUGCCACCAAGGACGGCUGGCCCAGGAAUCCUCUAGUAAGAAAAACUUACAUCCAUAUAGGAAAUUCUUGGACUCCUGAAUUUUGUGGGACUCCCAUGUGUGCGUGCAUCUGUCGCCGCGGCCGGCCGUCAGCAGCCCUCCAGGCAUGGAGUGCCCUCGGUGCCGGCAUGUCUCCAGCGAGCGAGUCGCCAAGUUCUGCAGCCAGUGUGGACUGCGGCUGCCCCCCGCAGCCCCUACGGCAGAUGCUGAAAACAACUCCUUGAUGUGCUCAGCUGCUGAGGGAGAGCUGGAGCUUGGAGAACCUCUGAAGGAGGACGGGGACCUGCAUUCCAUCCAAGACUCUGGCAAUUGGCAGGAAAAUUCAGAGGAGCCCAGUUCUGAUGCCUCCUGGACCCUCGUCCAAAAGAGUAAGAGGAAGAGAAGGAAGAAAAAGAAUCAGAACCAAUCCAAUCCCUCAGAGCUGAGUUCUUUGUCACCAUCUCUCUCCGAUUGUUCAAGUCUGUAUUUGCUUUCAAGCCCUGGCUCCCUGGACACAGCCGUGCCCCACAACCAAACCCAAAAGGGUGACCUGGCCAGCCAGCCUGGCCAGCCUCUGGACUCGGGGAUGCUGCUGGUGGAGGAGGGUGGCCCCCUUGACUCUGUUGUGCAUGCUGAGGGUGGUGACAGCCCUGUGCAGGGUCAGUCUGCUGGAGCCACUGGCACAGCCCUGGGCAGCAUGGCCCAAGAGCCACCAAGAGGGCCAGAUCCCAAAGCCCCUAUGCACUCUGAAGACCAAAGUCCCACUGGGGAGCAGUCCAGCCCGACCAGCUCUGCCUGUGAAGGCCACCCUGUGGCUGCGAAUGUCACUCAGCAGUCUGAGUCCAAAGGGGACAACUUGGAACCCAAGAAGAAAGAACAGAAGGAAAGACAGCAGGCAGGGUCACCAGCAUCUGGGGGAACGGAUGAUACAGCUGAGCCAGCUAACAAAGCCAACAGGGCCACCAAGGAUAUGAAGGACAAGACUCAGCCAGCCAAACAGCCACUGGAAAGCCCCACCACACCCAAGGAAUCUUGCCAGAAAGCAGAAGCCAAGGGCAAGUCGGCUGUUGCCGGGGGAAAAACCAGUAAAAAUGGAAAUGUGAAGCUAGAAGAUAGGAAGAAGGCAGAAGAGAGUAAUAGGACUCAACCAGCAGCUGUGAAAAAUGAGAAGCAGCAGAGGAACCAGAGUGUAGUAGCACAGGAGGUCACAGCGAGCAUUCUAGGACCUGGGGAAGGACUCACCGUGUACUUCCACGCCAUCCUCUCCAAGGACUUCGCGUUUGACCCUAAGUGCCACCAAGUGUUUGUGCGUGGCAGCAAAGGACUUGGGAAGCAAGAGUGGAAAGAUGCUUGCGAGAUGCAUUAUGCCAAGGACUUACAGGAGACUGGGUGUCUCAUCGAGGGCAGCAUGGUCAUUCCCAAGCAGAGCAUAAACUGUCCCAUCCCGUACAAGUAUGUCAUUGUCAAAGCCCAAGACUCCGUGGAGUACGAGUUCAUCUACAAGAAGCAGAAGAAAGGCGAACAUGUCAACCGCUGUCUGCACAUACCGUCCCAGCUGGUGGCUGAAGGAGAAUGGCAUCAGUAUGACGACAUCAUCUGCAUGAAGCCUGGGACAUGGGUUCAUCAUCUACAGAAAGCCAAGGAUUUUUUUACUGAUGGGAGGAGGAAGGACCUGGUGGCAGGGAAGCACAUGGCAGCUGUGGUCAUGCUGGACCGCAUCUUCAGCAUCCUGCAGACCUGGAACAUCAUCAACCUGAGGAACUUUUUUGCCCAGUUCCUGCAGUUCUACUCUGUCGUCCGAGAACCUGUGGUUUAUGAAGGGGAAAGGGAGAUAUGGAGUGAUCUGCAGCUCACAGAGAAGGAGGUGAAGGGACACCUGUGGGAGUAUUUGAAGAAACAGAUGGCCCCAUUUCUGGAUGUCAAGAGUGGAGACGCCCUGCCUGAAGACUUCCCAGUGAAGAGCAGACUGCAGAUGGGCCUGAUUGUCCUUUUUGUAGUGAACAGAAUUCAGAUUUCCUUAUCCAAAUCUGACUUGGCCUCCCUGAGCAACCUCCUGAUCCCCAGUGCCGCUUCACCAGAUGCCCUGCACAGCAACCUAGGCCACUUCCGAAGUACAUCUGAGAGGUGGCGAGAGUACCUGGUAAACCUAUGUCAAUUUUGCAUGGAAGAGGGGAUCCACCAGUGGCUGGGCACCCUGCCAGUCCUGCACUACUGCAUGCAGCUAACCCCUGCCAAGAACGAGCCAGUGAACCAGCAGGAGGACAUGUGGGCGGCCCUUGAAGGGAUCCUCUUCUCAAAGUUUCGGGAAAGUACAACCAACCUGAAUCAAUUGCUUCAGUUUAUGAAUAAAAACAAACAUUUGCUAUAUGUGGAUGAGUACCUCUUCCGGUCCUGGUUUAGUUUGCUCCCACUGAAAGGCCUGGUUGAAUACAUGGACAAGGCUGCUGAGUUCCUGAACCAUGCGCCUGCCCAUGUGCUGGACUGUUUCCUGGGCAUUUACUAUCGGAUGGCAGAACUUCAGAUCUCUCCCCAAAGUGUGGCGGAUGUUGAGAAAGUUUUUAAGAAGCUGUUGCAGCUCGUGGACACUUAUCAUGGCGUAAUUCUGGAGAACACCCUGGUGCAGUGCUACCUGCCUUUGUGCCUCAAACUGCAUGAAGCUGUCUGCCACAGCACCAGAGAAUGGAAGUUCUGUGAGAUUCCAUCCUUGUCUGCAGAGCUCAUCUCCAAAAUUAUUAAUCUUCAACCGCUACAGGACACAGCAGGCCCAGGGGCUGAAGCCAGCCGGAGUGUCUUCCAGGGUGCUCUGACUGCCACUCGAAACUGGCUCAAGAAAGUGUUUAGGAAGAGCAUGUUGUGUUCAGAGGUGUCAUUCGCCCUAUUCUCUUACCCUGAGGAGAUUCAGGUCUGGCGGCGGCUGGUGGGCAUAAACUUCCCUGUGGCACAUAACUGGAAAAAGUCGUUGCUGGGGGACAUGGAAGGGAGGCUCAAGCAAGCAGAACCUCGCCUCCAGAUUGCUGCUUUCUGCAGCACUCAGUGGGAUGCCACCGGCCUCGAUGACAGCGUGGCCACAAGCUUCCAGAAUUGUGUCUUCGAAGCUGUGAACUCCACCUGCCAGUCUCAGACCAGUAUCCUUGAAGGACUCUCCUGUCAGGAUUGCCAGAAACUUGGCAUCCUCCUGUCUGCUGUGGUUACCAAGUCCUGGCCUCAGAGUAAUGGACAAGCUGUGGAUGACCCAGACGAGAUUCUGAAAUACCUGCUUACCUGGCGAGAUGUGGAGCAGCUCUUCAAGUUGUAUGGAACCAAUGAGAAAAUUUUAGCCAGUAUUACAGAGGAAGGCCAGAAGUUGAUGGCUAUAGCCGACUCUGUGUUCACAAAAGUUGCUGGUGACCUCCAAGAUGGGACUAUUUUAGUUGGACAAUUGGAGCUGAUCCGGAAGCACAGGACUCAGUUUCUGAGCAUCUGGGAAUUGAAGAAAAAAUGUCCUUCGGGUCAAGAGAACCAGUGUAAUAUGAAGGAAGUGCUGGACUGGAGAUGGAAGGAGCUGCGAAUUCUAAAGAGAGAGGCAAGAUGGGUCGACAGCCUCCUGAAGCUGUGCGGGAAGACGAGACACCUGGUACCAGUGGACUUUGGAGAGAUGGAGGCAAAACACUCUGAAGACCUCAACAGCAAGAGACUAAACGAAGCCGUGACCGUGACACUACCCACAUCCCCCAUCUCCAAGCACAUGACACAUUACAACCUGAGCUCUCAGGUCCAAGAAAUGGCUGAAAAGAUAGACUUGCUGAAAGACAGCCACAUCUUUCAGGUUCUGUGGGAGGAGAUGGCACAGUCGCUGAGCAAUCCUGAAGAAGAAUUGGAAAGGCAGAACCUGCAGCUUACAGAGGUCUAUGAAUACUUGUACCUUCCUUGUUACGCAAGGUUCACUGAACUUUAUCACAAUCUGAAAUCAGGAAAGGUUACCUUUGCCAAAAUCAAUGACAUCUUCAAGGACUUUGUAGAUAAAUAUGGUGACUUGGAUUCCGACCUCCAGCUCAUGUGUCUUGUGAAUCCCGGUGCCCGAAAGGACUGGAUCCCUGAACGCAUCCAGCAGAUCAGAGAGUACCACAGCCUGAACCAGGCCAUCAGCUCGGCCAGGGUCAUCCAGCAGGUCAAGGAGAACUUUGAAUUGACUGGGGACUUCAGCGUUCUUCACACUUUAUUAAACUUUAAUGAUGACUUUGAGAACUUUUGCCAUGAGACCCUGGACCAGAUCAGCCCACAGCUCAUCCAAGCCAAGAAGAAGCUGCAGAAUAUCAGUGAGCCGCGUCGCCGGUGUCUGGAGGAGCUGUCCCUACAGACAGAGCUUGUCAGCUGGCUCCACGAGGCACUGGAAGGUAUCAAUGAACUCAAGGUGUUUGUAGACUUGGCCUCCAUCUCAGCGGGGGAGAAUGACAUCGAUGUGGACCGUGUGGCUUGCUUCCAUGAUGCUGUGCAGGGCUAUGCCUGCCUGCUGUAUGAUCUGGAUAGGACAGCAGGCUUUGAAGUGUUCAUGAGCCAUCUGACAGAGCUCUGGAAGGCUCUAGACAAUGAUGAGAACUUGCCCAAUAAGCUGCGAGAUUCUGCCAGGAACUUGGAGUGGCUGAAGACAGUAAAGGAAAGCCAUGGGUCUGUCGAGCUGUCAUCUCUGACCCUAGCCAAAGCAAUCAACAGCAAGGGCAUCUAUGUGAUCAAGGCACCCACAGGUGGCCAGAAGAUUUCCCCGGAUGUUGUCCUGAGCCUGAUCCUCCCCGAGAGUCAUGGUGGCCUGGAGGAAGUGCGCAACUACUCUUUGGAGGAGCUGAAAGAGCUUUUGAAUAAGCUGAUGCUGAUGUCUGGCAAGAAAGACCACAACAAUGAGGAAGUGGAGAGGUUUUCAGAGGUGUUCUCUGGCAUGCAGCGGCUCCUGCAGGCCUUCCUCAAUCUAUACACUGCUGGCAACAUGCUCUUCAGGGCCUGGACGGCUGAAGUGUACUGCUGCCCCAGGCAAGGUAAAUCCCUCCACGUGGACUUUGGCUUGGAGCUGGUGACCCAGCUGUCAGAGAAAGGGGAUGUCACCACAUGUCUGGAAGCCCUCUGCAGGAAGAUGGAGCAUUUUCUGGACCGCUGGAAGAGAUUCGUGAUGGAGAAGCGUGCUGAGCACUUUUACCUCAACUUCUACACUGCUGAGCAGCUGGUCUACCUGAGCACUGAGCUCCGGAAAUCCUACCCCAGCAAAGCUGCCCUGACCAUGCUGUCCUUCAUCAAAAGCAACUGCACCACAGGUGAUGUCCUAAAGGCCACUGGAAGGUGCAAUAGUGAGCCUUCCAUGUACCACGUGAGUACAGUGAUGACAGAAUUAUCACUGCAGCUGAACUCUGAGGUCAGCCUGGAGACCAAGCUGCAGUUCAUCAUGGAGCAGUCCCUGGAGUGCCCAAGUGCCUUCCUGCCUGGCUGCCUUGACUUGGAUGCCCUCGGCCUCUGUCUGGCUCAGCUGGCUCGCAUGGUCAGCAUCACCGUGGAGCGGCCUCUCCCGCACGGCCUACAAGUGGGCCAGCCCAACCUGAUCUUGUGUGGCCACUCUGAGGUGCUACUUGCCGCCCUAGCCAUCUACAUGCAGGCCCCAGAUGAGCCCUUGCCCACCUUUGAUGAGGUGCUGCUGUGUACCCCAGAGACCACGUUUGAGGAGGUGGCCCUGCUCCUACGCCGUUGCCUUACCCCAGGUGCUCAGGGGCACAAGAUCUACAGCCUGCUGUUUGCUGAUCAGCUGAACUACGAGGUGGCCUACCAGGUAGAGGCGCUCUUCCACAGCCUGUGCACACAGUGCCACCGUGAGGACUACCAGCUGGUAGUAGUCUGUGAUGCAGCCCGGGAGCACUGCUGCCUCCCCUCGGCCUUCAGCCAGCACAAAGCCCUCCUCACCCCGCAGGAAUCCCUCUCUGAUAUCCAGGCCUACCUUGAGCACCACUACAAGGUCCCAAAGCUGACCCUGUCAGCGGGUUCAGUGUUCAGAGACCGGAUGUGUGUUGGAAUUGUUACCUCCGAGAGAGCGGGUGUCGGAAAGUCUCUUUAUGUGAAGCGACUGCAUGGCAAACUGGAGGAGAAGUUCGGUGGAAACAGGGUCCCUCUGAAAGUUAUUCGGUUGACCGACCCUCGGGUGGAUGAGAACCAAGUCCUAGGCUCCCUCUUGCCUUUCUUGGAUGAGCGGUAUCAGCAGAAGCCUAUGAUUUUCCACUUGGACGUGACAGCUUCUGUGCAGACUGGAAUUUGGGUCUUUCUUUUCAAACUCCUCAUAUUACAAUAUCUCAUGGAUAUAAAUGGGAAAAUGUGGCUUCGGAACCCACGCCAUUUAUAUAUCGUGGAAAUCCUGGAAAGAAAGUCAGAAUUGCCAAACACGUCUUCAAAACUGAGUGCACGUGCCCUCCAGUUCAAUUUUCUUGACAUCUUCCCCAAAGUCACCUGCAGACCUCCUAAAGAAGUGAUAGACAUGGAGCUGACUCCCAAGAGGCGCCACAGACAGCCCAGAAUGGACGAGAGAGAGUUCCGUAGUGAGACCUUCCAGAGACCUUACCAGUAUUUAAGACGAUUCCACCACAAGCAAAACCUAGACACAUUUCAAUACCAAGAAGGCUCUGUGGAAGGCACCCCAGAGGAGUGCAUCCAGCACCUCCUGAUUUACUGUGGGGUGGUAAACCCGUCCUGGUCAGAGCUUCAGAACUUUGCUCGCUUCUUAAACUGUCAGCUCAGAGACUGUGAGGCCUCUGUCUUCUGCAAUGCAGAGUUUGUUGGGGACACACUGAGGGGCUUCAAGAACUUUGUUGUAACCUUCAUGGUCUUCAUGGCAAGAGACUUUGCCACACCAACACUGCACACCUCUGACCAAAGCCCAGGAAAUUUUACAAUCACCUUGGAUGGGAUUGAAGAAGAAGACCUAGCCCCCUUCUCUCUCCGAAAGAGGUGGGAAUCAGAACCCCAUCCAUAUAUUUUUUUCAAUGGUGAUCGUGUGACCAUGACAUUCAUUGGCUUCUACCUCCAGCCCAACAACAAUGGCAGCAUUGAUGCCAUCAAUCACUUGAGUGGGGAAGUAAUCAAGAGAAAUGUCAUGACCUUAGAGCUAUACAGGGGGCUGUUGCUUCAGAGGGUGCCUUUCAACAUUGACUUUGAUAACCUGCCCAGACAUGAGAAACUUGCAAAGCUUUGCCAGGCAAUAGGGAUCCAAUGGGCCAUUGACCCGGAUGAAACAUAUGAGCUUACAACAGACAACAUGCUUAAGAUCCUGGCCAUUGAAAUGCGAUUUCGGUGUGGGAUCCCAGUUAUUAUCAUGGGAGAAACCGGCUGUGGGAAAACCAAACUCAUUAAGUUCCUCAGUGACCUGCGGCGUGCUGGUGCCAACACUGACACCAUGAAACUGGUUAAGGUCCAUGGAGGAACAACUCCCACUAUGAUCUACCGCAGUGUCAAUGAGGCUGAGAACAUUGCCUUCAUCAAUAAGCACCAACACCAGGUGGACACCAUCUUGUUCUUUGAUGAAGCCAACACAACAGAAGCCAUAAGUUGUAUCAAAGAAGUUCUGUGUGACGGGACAGUGGAUGGCCAGCCUCUGGAGAACAACUCUGGCUUACACAUCAUAGCUGCCUGCAAUCCUUACCGGAAGCACUCACAGGAGAUGAUCUGCCGCCUAGAGUCAGCUGGUUUGGGAUACCGGGUCAGCGCUGAGGAGACGGCAGAGAAGCUGGGCUCCAUCCCCCUGAGGCAGCUGGUGUACCGCGUCCACGCUCUGCCACCAAGCUUGAUUCCUCUGGUGUGGGACUUUGGACAACUGAAUGACACUGCCGAGAGGCUCUACAUCCAGCAAAUUGUCCAAAGACUGGUGGACUCCGUGAUGAUAGAUGACAGCGAGAUUCACAUGAUCACAGAAGUGCUCUCUGCCUCACAGGGGUUCAUGAGACAGAGAGAGAACGAGUGCAGUUUUGUCAGCCUGCGGGAUGUGGAGCGCUGUGUAAGAGUCUUCCAGUGGUUCCACAAGCACAGUGAUAUGCUCUUGGCAAACCUGAACACGUUUCUCUGCAAGUCCAAUGCCAGCAAAAAUAACUUCAAGAGAGAUCCUGUCCUCUGGUCCCUGGUGCUGGCCAUUGGGGUCUGUUACCAUGCCUCCUUAGAAAAGAAAGAACCCUAUCGGAGAGCCAUCUGCAGAUUCCUGCCAGAACCAUAUAAUGACAGCAAGGUUGUCCUGGAUGAGAUCACUCAGGUACAAGAUCUUUUUCUGAGUGGUGUACCCCUCAGGAAAACCAUAGCCAAGAACUUAGCUUUGAAGGAGAAUGUCUUCAUGAUGAUCAUCUGCAUUGAGCUGAAGAUCCCCCUCUUCCUGGUGGGGAAGCCCGGCAGCUCCAAGUCUCUUGCCAAGACCAUAGUGGCAGAUGCCAUGCAAGGCCAGGCUGCGCACUCCAAUCUCUUCCAUGCCCUGAAGCAAGUCCACCUGGUGUCCUUUCAGUGCAGCCCACACUCUACCCCCCAAGGUAUCAUUGGCACCUUCAGGCAAUGUGCCCGCUUCCAGCAGGGUAAGGACCUGCAGCAGUAUGUCUCUGUGGUAGUACUAGAUGAGGUCGGAUUGGCUGAAGACUCCCCCAAAAUGCCCCUGAAAACACUACACCCCCUGCUGGAAGAUGGCUGCAUUGAAGACGACCCUGCCCCCCACAAAAAAGUUGGUUUCAUAGGUAUUUCCAAUUGGGCCCUCGACCCUGCCAAGAUGAACCGGGGCAUUUUUGUGUCACGUGGCAGUCCCAAUGAGAAAGAGCUCAUAGACAGUGCCAAGGGGAUCUGCUCUUCUGACAACCUGCUCCUGGACAAAAUACAAGGGUACUUUGGGCCCUUUGCCAGAGCAUAUGAAACGGUGUGUAAGGAACAAGAUAAGGAAUUUUUUGGGCUUCGUGAUUACUAUAGCCUCAUCAAGAUGGUUUUUGCCACGGCUAAGGCAUCUAAUAAGAAGCCUUCCCCACAGAAUAUUGCACAGGCUGUCCUUCGGAACUUCAGUGGCAAAGAUGACAUCCAGGCCUUGGACAUUUUCACAGCCAGUUUACCCGAAGCCAGGUGGACGGAGGAGGUCAGCACCAUCGAGCUGAUAAAGCAGAACAUUUAUGGGGGUCUGCAGAGGGCGACAGGCACAGAAGGGGAUGACACUGAGUCCCGCUAUUUACUCGUGCUGACCAAGAACUACGUGGCCCUGCAGAUUCUGCAGCAGACCUUCUUUGGUGAGGACCAGCAGCCGGAGAUCAUUUUUGGUUCCAGCUUUCCCCAGGACCAAGAGUACACGCAGAUCUGCCGCAACAUCAACCGGGUGAAGGUCUGCAUGGAGACAGGCAGGAUGGUGGUACUGCUGAACCUACAGAACCUCUACGAGAGCCUGUAUGAUGCACUCAACCAAUACUACGUCUACCUUGGGGGCCAGAAGUAUGUGGACCUUGGCCUGGGCACCCACCGUGUCAAAUGUCGGGUCCACCCGGCCUUCCGCCUGAUCGUCAUUGAGGAGAAGGAUGUUGUGUACCGGCAGUUCCCUGUGCCCCUCAUCAACCGGCUGGAAAAGCAUUUCCUAGACAUCCACACCAUGCUGGAGCCCUGGCAGAAGAAGAUUGUGUGCCAGCUCACACUUUGGGCUCAGGAAUUCGCAGAUGUAAAGGCAGACCAGUUCCUGGCUGGGCACAAGUACAGCCCUGCGGAUGUCUUCAUCGGCUACCACUCGGACGCCUGUGCCUCUGUGGUGCUGCAGGCCACAGAGAGGCAGGGUCCCAGGCCAGAGAUGGAGGAGCUGGACCACAAGGUGAUGGAGGAGGCCAAGCUGAUUCUGCUGGACUGUGCCACACCUGACGCCAUGGUGCGGUUGAGCACCUCCAAGCUGGGCUCGUUUGCUGCGGGGACGCUGUCAGAGGUGUACUACUACCAGCAGCAGCAUAAUUCCUUCGCAGAUUUCCUGCAGGUUCAUCUCCGCACCAGGGGCCUGGAGUACCACGCCAUCUUCACUGAGAUCACCACUUUCUCCAGGCUGCUGACAAGUCACGACUGUGAAAUCUUAGCAGCAGAGGUGGAGGGCUUGGCCCCAAAGCCCACCAUCCUGUCGCUGCAGCAGUUUGACACGGAGUACUCGUUCCUCAAAUCAGUCCGAAACUGCUUAGCAAGUAAAGCUAGCUGUAAAAUCCUUAUCAUUCAGACCGACUUUGACGAUGGCACUUACAGUGCCCAGCUCAUUGCCUCCGCUAAGUAUUCUGCCCUCAAUGAGGUCAAUAAAACACAAGAAAGGAAUAGCCGUGUCUUCGUCUAUUUCAUCACUAAAGUGUCCCGGAUGGGAAGUGGAGCAUCCUACGUGGGGUUCCAUGGAGGGCUGUGGCGGUCUGUGCACAUCGACGACCUCCGGAGAUCCACGAUCAUGGCCUCGGAUGUGACCAAGCUGCAGAGUGUCACUAUAAGCCAACUGUUCAAGCCAAGAGACAAACCUGAGCGAGAAGGCAGCGGGGAGGAAGAGAUGGAAACAGAGCCCAGCAGGUCAGGAGAAGCAGCCGAGACUGAAAUGGAGGUAAAAAGUUCCGAGGAGAUGGAGAUCAAACCCUCGGUCCCAGAAGGUGUGGAUGUGCAAGUCCUGGACACCACCAAGUUGCUGCAAAGCUGCGUGCAGAGCGCUGUGGGAAUGCUCAGGGACCAGAACGAGGGCUGUACCCGCAACAUGAGGAGAGUUGUCAUCCUCCUAAGCCUUUUAAAUGAGGAUAAUGCGUGCAAUGCCUCUUUCUUGAGGGUGUCCAAGAAGCACCUCCAUGUUCUUCUGAAGAAGCAAGAAGAGAACCAGCCCUGCAGUUUGAAGGAGUGGGUGAGCAGGGAGGCCUCGGAUCUGGAAGCUCUCCAGGAGGCGGGCACCUUCCGGCACACCCUGUGGAAGCGGGUCCAAGGCGCUAUCACCCCUCUUCUGGCAAGCAUGAUAGCACUCCUUGACAGAGAUACCAACCUGGAGCUGCUGGCUCAGUCAGACUUACCAACCUGGACACGAGACCUUUGGAUGUUCAUUUUCAGUGACGAUAAGCUUCUGGACAUUCCACUUGUGCACAACAUGAGAUCUAGGAGUGACAUGCCCUCCAUCCUGGUGCAGAACUACAUGGCUGGGAAUGCCUCCAAUGUCGUCCCCUUUAGCUGGAGAAUCAAGGACUACCUGGAAGAGCUGUGUGUCCAGGCUCAGUACAUCACGGAUGCCAAAGGACUGCCGCAGAAGUUCGUGGACAUCUUCCAGCAGACACCUCUGGGUCAGUUCUUCACUCAGCUCCCCGAAGAGCAGCAGCUGGAGCUCCUACACAGCUACUCAAAAGACUUCCUGCUCCUGACCAUGAAAGUGUCCAGCUUGGAGGAGCUGAAGUUCCUGCAGAUGGCCUUGUGGUCCUGCCUGAGGGAGCUGCAGAUGGUGCCAGGAACGCCUGAGGGUAGACUGUCCUUGCCGUGGGUGCACCUGGCCUACCAGUACUUCAGGACACGGCUGCAGAACUUCUCCCGCAUCUUGACCAUCCAUCCCGCAGUCCUGCGCAGCCUCAGUGAAGAUCCACCAAAGCACAACUUGGCUGGCUGCGAGAUGACACUGGACGCAUUUGCAGCAAUGGCCUGUGUGGAGAAGCUGACAGAAGACACCCUGAAGCCCACUCCCCAGGCCUGGCUGCAGCUGGUAAAGAACCUGUCCACACCCCUGGAGCUCAUCUGCUCUGAUGGGUACCUGCAAGGCAGCGGGGACAUGACCAGAGUUCUCAUCAGGGAGGUCAGAAACCAGUGGAAUCGCAUCUUCUCUGUUUCGCUCUUUGUGGAGCACGUACUGCUAGGGAUCAAAAGCCAGGUACCUUCGUUGAGCCAGCUGGUGACCAAGUACGUCUUCCAGCUGGACAAGUGUCUUCAGGAGAACUCAGACAUCAAGACUCACAGGCCUUUUGUAGCUGUAAUGACCACUCUUUGUGAAUGCAAAGAGCAAGCCAGCAAUACCUUUUCCAGGUUUGGUAUUCACCCGUGCCCCAUCUGCCUGGGAGAUACACAGGACCCCGUGUGCCUGCCUUGUGACCAUGUGUACUGCCUGGCUUGCCUCCGAACCUGGCUGGCCCCUGGGCAGAUGCUCUGUCCUUACUGCUUAACGGCCCUGCCAGACAGCUUCUCUCUGACUAUUUCUCAAGAGCACAGAGAGGCCGUGAGGAAGCAUGCCCACUUCCGGCGCAUGUGCAACAGCUUCUUCGUGGACCUGGUCUCCACCAUGUGCUUCAAGGACAAUACUCCUCCUCAGAAGAGUGUGAUCGACAGCCUGCUGUCUUUGCUCUUCAUACAGAAAGAGAUCCUGAGAGACACCCUACAGAGGCGCCGUGAACACACAAAAUCUCUUUCCCCAUUUGACGACGUUGUGGAUAAGACCCCUGUCAUCCGCUCCGUGGUGCUAAAGCUGCUGUUGAAGUACAGUUUUCAGGAUGUGAAGAAUUACAUUCAGGACUACCUAUCCCUGCUAGAGAGCAAAACAUUCAUCUUAGAAGACAAAACUGAACUAUAUAUGCUCUUCAUCAACUGCCUAGAGGAUUCAAUGCAUGAGAAGACCAGUUCUUGCUCCAGGAACAAUGAGCUGAGCUACCUGAGAGAGGAAGCCAAUUUCCUCCAGUUGUGCUCCCGUACGAGACAUGGCCAGGAAUCUGCCACUGUGGCCUCCAUCGAGUACCUGCAGGAGUUGGCCAGGAUCCGCCUGUGUCUCGACAGGGCUUCUGACUUCCUCACGGAGUUACCCGAACAUCCAGAGCUGGCUGAGGAGCGGCAGCGCUACCUGCAGAAGGUGCAGCAGUUCUGUGUCCGCAGCGGCAACGACUGGUACCGUGUGUACCUAGUGAGAAAGCUCUCCAACCAGCGUGGGAUGGAUUUUGUGCAGAGCUUCUCCAGGCAGGACCACCCCUGCCACUGGGUGUUUCCCAAAGAAGUCAUCACAGAGCAGAAGGAGCACCUAAGCCAGAUGGAUGGAUACCUGGUAUACGGUGAGGAAUACAAGGCCGUUCGUGAUGCUGUCGGCCAUGCCAUGCUCCAGUGCAAGACUCCAGGCAUCGGGACUGCUCUAAUGGCCUGCAGUAGCCCAAGGCCCCAGCAAGCGGUCUACUUAUUGCUGGCACUGUACAGAGAGGUAGCUGCUCUGUUCCACUUCCACAGUACAGCCCUCCAUCCUAAACCAGAGCAAUGUGAAGCUCUGAAUAAAUUCAUUGAGGAAAGCAAACUCCUCUCUCCUGAGACCCAAUGCUUUGCCACACCCCUUGUGGACAAUACUCUGCCUCUGCUGCACAUGGGGCCUGGCGCUGGCAGCCUUGAAGGAACAGUGGCAGAAAUGGCCAUUCACACUGCAGCCGUCCUUCUGUGUGGACAGAACAGCGUCUUGAAGCCCCUAAGGAAUUUGGCCUUCUCCCCGGCCACCAUGCAGAAUGCUUAUCUUCCAACCAUGCCUGAAGACCUGCUGGCCCAGGCCCGGAACUGGAGGGGUCUGGAACUUCUCCGCUGGUACACUUGUCCCAAUGGUCACCCAUGCACUGUAGGAGAGUGCGGCAUGCCAAUGCAGCAGGCCCGCUGUGUGGACUGUCACGCUCUAAUUGGAGGCGUCAAUCACAGACCCGAAGCCGGCUUUCAUGUCAUCCAACCAAAUGGAGACAGAACUCAGAGUGGCCAUGUGCUGGGCAACCCACAGCCCAGAGGGGUGGCCGUGGCACCUGACCGGGAGCUGUCCCCAGUUGUCUUCAUUCUCCUCCGGCUGCUUACUCAUUUGGCUCUGCUGCUGGGAGCUGCCCAAAAACCCAAGGUUCUGGGGAACAUCAUUAAGCCUCCAGUGGCAGACCCAAAGGCUUUUCUGCAGCAGCACAUCCAGAGGGAUCUGGAGCAGUUAACCAAGAUGCUGGGGAAGAAUGCUGAUGAGACCUGCCUCGUGGUCCACCUUGUUCUGCGCAGGCUUUUCAGAGUGCAGCACCCCAUCUCUGGCCAGAAGACUUUCAAUUUUGAUGAACAAUUAUCAACCAAAGAUCAGAGAAACAAUUGGGAAAAAUACAUGGAAGUUCUUCUCUUACCUGAGCUGGAGUCUCUAGAUAAAACCAUCCUCACCGUGAAUACUCUCAUCAGUCAAGAUGAGCGCAUCAGCUCCAGCCCUGUGGCCAAAAUCAUAUAUAGUGACCCAGCAACCUUCCUUCCCCACCUACCCAAGAAGAGCGUGGUCCACUGCUCCAAGAUCUGGAACUGUAGGAAGAAGAUCACGGUUGAGUACCUCCAGCACAUUGUUGAGCAGAAAAACGGCAAAGAAACACUGCCUGUGCUCUGGCAUUUCCUGCAGAGGGAGGCAGAGUUGAGGCUGGUGAAAUUCUUGCCUGAGAUUUUGGCCCUGCAAAAGAGCUUAGUGAACCAAUUCCAGAAUGUUCCAGAAAUUGAAUCUGGCACCAUCAGAAAAUUUAUUAAAAGUCACAGUUCAGAUAGACUGAAGAAGUUGUUUGAGGACAGGAUCACUAUUUUUCUGUCCACAUGGAAUGCACUGAGGCGAUCUUUGGGGACCAAUGGUGAGAUCAAGCUCCCUGAAGAGUACUGCAGCUCUGACUUGGAUCUGGACUCUGAUUUUGAAGUCAUCCUACCACGUCGGCGGGGCCUGGGCCUCUGCUCAACUGCCUUAGUCAGCUACUUGAUUAACGUACACAAUAAAGUUGUCUACAUGGUGGAAAAGUUCUCCAAAGAAAACAACAGCUAUUCCGUGGAUGCCUCUGAGAUCACUGACCUGCAUGUCAUCAGUUAUGACGUGGAACGUGACCUGACUCCACUGAUUCUGUCCAACUGCCAGUAUCAAGUGGUGCAAGGUGGGGAGACCUCACAGGAGUUCGACCUGGAAAAGAUCCAGCGGCAGAUCAAGGGGCGCCUCCUACAGGGAAAACCCAGGCUGACAAUCAAGGGGAUCCCUACGCUGGUGCACAGACAUGACCGGAACUAUGAAGGUCUCUUCAUGGACAUCAAGAAGAAGAUGAUUCAGAGUGCCCUGCCGAGUGCAGUUAUGGGCACCAUUGGUGGGCAGCUGCAGUCCUAUAGUGAUGCCUGUGAAGCCCUCUCCGUCAUAGAGGUCACCUUGGGCUUUCUGAGCACGGCUGGUGGGGACCCAAACAUGCAUCUGAAUGUGUACAUCCAAGAAAGCCUGCGAAUGGGGGACCAGACAACUUCAGUUUUAAAGGUCUUAAGCAGAUGUCAGCUAAAACACACCAUUGCCCUCUGGCAGCUCCUCUCCGCGCAUAAGUCGGAACAGCUGCUACGCUUGAAGAAAGAACCAUUUCAGGAAAUCAGUCCAAGGUACAAAGAGGCUCUCAGCCCAGAACAUGCCAAGCUCCUCAGCACAUUCCUAAACCGCAGCAGCCUAGACACCUUCCUCCUGGAGCUCCACGAAAUGAUGGUGCUAAAGCUGAAAAACACUCAGGCCGAGGACAGCUUCAACCACAACUGGAGCCUGAGAGACACCCUGGUAAGUUACAUGGAAACUAAAGACAGUGAAGUCCCUCCAGAUUUGGAAUCCCAGUUCCCAGAAGAGAUAUUGCUGUCCAGCUGUGUCUCCGUGUGGAAAGCUGCUGCCAUACGGAAACGGGACCGGCAAGCAAAGUAGAGUGACUCCCUCAGCUCUGGCCUGGGACCCAGCUGGAGAGAUGGCUCCACCCCUUGCCAGCGGGAUUCACACCAACUGUUGCCUCUGUGAGCACUUAGAGGAAAAGUGGUGCAGCGCUGAACUCAAAUCCACCCACACUGUUCCACACAGCGCUAUAGGAGCUGCCCUGUUUCUGCAUUCCAGAAUUUUCUUACUAUACUGUGAACACAGUUCAUUAGGAGUUAAGAGCUUACAGGAAUUUGGACAUCAGACCCCACCUGUGCUUCCCAGGAAAGACAAGUGAUGUCAAAGUAAUGGUCAUGUCCAGUCACGGUCUGUCUCAGGCCUGCCAACCUCUUACCUUGAACUUCUGCCACAGGCUCCUUCUUCCUCCCAUUACUAUUAACACAGGGGAAGUAAUUUUUCCUUUUUUUCUACUCUAUUCCACAUUCUCAGGAGAGAAUCCGGUUUUCUUCUUUCUCCCAGUCUCUUAAGCUCUGAGUAUUAUACAUAUAUUUCUUGGCUUCCAAGAUGUACAUGUCUUCUCACAACACAAGGAUUGCUGAAGGAAAGCCUCUGCCCAUGCUUAUGCCACACGAACAAGAGCUGACCCAGAUCCUGUAUGAGUCACUGCCAAAUUUCAGAGAGUCAGGGCCAAAACUGUGAAAAGCACUGACUAAAAGUUGACUUUUACUUUUAUGGCCUCAGUUCCCCCAUGAACAAAGUGGACUGACAGUCAAAGCCCCUUCCAUUUCUCAUACCUUGAAAUUAGUUUUUUGAGACAGGGUGUCAGGGUAUGAUAGCCUGUGUAGUUCAGGCUGGCCUCGAAUUUAUGGUGAUCCUCCUGCCUCAGCCUCCUGAGUGCUGACAUCAGAGCAGCUGUUUACAAGGUGGAGCCUGUGUCCUUCACAUCAUUCUCAGUGAGGUAGGCACUCAAUCAACUUGAAAUCAGGGCCAUGUACUAGAGCUACAAAAUUCAAAAUGGUAUCAGAAUAAUGAGAGCACCUCGUGGGAGGGGCAGGUGGAACCAUGAUUGUCUUCUCAUUCCAGACUAUGCAGAGCCACUUCCCACUCACCUGCUCUCAGACAUCUCUGUGCUGGGGGUGGGAAGAAGGCUUGUGGGACUCCCCACCUUGGCUUUGGAGUGCCUUUGAGGGUUGGGGCACAGCUCAGGCCCAGGCUGUUUUUCACUUUGCCACACCUCAGCAGGUAGGAGCAGGUGUUACUCUCUUGCUGUGAAAACUUUCUGUCCCCUUUGGCCAGGCAUUGAUUUUGUUAUGAAGGGCUUUUAAUUAAGAUGCUUCAUUUUGUAUGCUAUGCUCUCAAAGCCUUAACUGCCAUAUCUAGCAUUAUCUUGUUUGUACAAAAAUACACUGGUCUAGCAUAGAAAAAGUAAAUUUCAUUAUACUUGUCAUACCUAUUUUAAUAAACUUGAGUUUUGCUGCUAACAAA